GUAUGUUGCUUAAACAUUACAAGGCUCCAAACAUUUUAUUCUACAGAAGAAACUGAAAGUUUUAUUAACUGUAAUCAUUUUCAUUGGAAUUGUUUAAGACUUCAUCGCAGCCAUGAACAUUGCAUGGCUUUCACUGGUAUAGAAUGAGGGGGCUGCAAUCGGACACUCAUUUUCCCUGACCCUUGUAGAUGCAGUUGAGACCACCAUUCAUUUUCAGCCAAGAGCAGCAAAAUCACUUGAGUCAGCCUCAUGUGGAACCCAGACUUGCCCUUUUUUCCUUUAGUAGUAACUUACUGGCUCCUCCACCUCCCUUACCCCCUUCCUUUGUUAUCAGCAAAGAGCAACUGUCUGAGUUAAACAAACAAUCUGCAGAUAACUUGACUUCCAGGUUGCUUGUUCCAAGGUUAGAAUUUUAUGAGCUGUUUUGCCACUGGGCUGUGAUCAGGAUGUGUUGUGUGAACUCCUUGGCAGUGACCCCUGCCAUAUCCUGAAACCUGAUUACACACCUGAAGCCUUGGUGCCUUGGUACAGGCUGGGUUAAUGACUUUGUUUAUACUGAUAAGGGCAAUCCAGAUAAGGCAGCCCUCUGAGUCUCCUGGCUCUGGCUGGCACCUUCAUUGAGAAAACCUUUUCUCUGUGCCACGUAGAGAUGCUGCUUGCCCAACCAAUUACUUUGGGACAGACUUGUUUUUCAAUGAGCUGCUGCUACUCGUCAAAGGAAGGUCAAGGCCGCCGAAGGGGGGUGGUUUCAUUCACCCUGCCGGGGGCCUUAUAAGCAGAGCUGAGAAGCAACAGCCACCAUUGCUGGAAGGACAAAAAAAGGGUGUGAAGCGAAGAGAAGGUGCCAGGUCCCUAUAGCAUAAAAAAAGUGCCAAGAAGCUCUGCAACAGGACCGGACACGCUCAGCAGGACCAGAUAAAGCAUUUGCUCUCCCAAGCAGCGAUCCUGCAAGCCGCCCUCCGACGUGGAGAUGGAGUACGAGAGGUGUUCCUGCCACCACGAAGAGAACCAGAACGCCAUCCUCUACACCCUCCUGAGCCAGAACCUGAGCCAUCACAGGGGCAGCCACAGCCCUUCCCAGAAGCGUUGCUUGUGCCAGAAGCGCCGCACCGUCUGCCUCCAGACCCCUCAAGCCACCUGCCAAGCGGCGUCUGAUGUCUUGGUGAAGACCAUCAGCUUCAUGAAGAACUUGCCUUCCUUCCAGCUCCUGCCCUGGAAAGACCAGCUCCUGCUGCUGGACAGCUGCUGGGCUCCCCUCUUCCUUCUGGGCUUGGUCCAGGAGAUGGUGACCUUUGAGGUGAUGGAGACCCCAGCCCCCAGCAUGCUGGAGAGGAUCCUCCUCGACGGCCCGUGUAAGAGGCAGGAGCUGCAGAGGGCGCAGCCCACCCUGGCCAGCGUUCAGCGUCUCCAGUGCAGCCUGAACUCUUUCUGGAGCCUGGACCUGAGCCCUAAAGAGUACGCCUAUCUGAAGGGUGCAAUUCUGUUCAACCCCGAUGUGCCUGGUCUUAAGGCUUCCUCGUACAUCGAGAGCCUUCAGCGAGAAGCUCAGCGAGCACUCCAAGAAGUCAUGACCUUUCUCCACCCAGAGGACCAAGGCCGUUUUGCCCAUGUCCUGCUGAUCUCCUCCUCCCUGAAAUCCAUCCCUCCUGCCCUCCUCACUGCCCUUUUCUUCCAACCGGUCAUUGGGAAUGCAGACAUUCUGGAGCUACUGACAGAAAUGAUGCUGGCGAGAGAGCUCCCUUGGCCACAGUGACUCCAGUGGGGUUGGCUCCCAGGUCACUCACCACAUGCUCAGCUUUGCUCCAGUUUCCAAGUGGCAGUGUGCAGUUCAUCUGGAUCGUGCAGUGGGAGAGAGAGCCUGCCUCCUAGUGAUGCCUUUUCAGACAAAGGGGCUACUGGAUGGCAGAUCUUAGAAUACAAAGGGACGUACAGCCUUCCAUUAGGGAGUGAGGCAGCCAUCUCAGGCAACAAGGGGCAGGGGGGGGGACACAGUGAAGAAAUAUAGUGCUUUGUGAGCCCUUCAGGCUAUCCUUUGCCCCUAAACUAGCUUGUCCCAUCACCAGUGCUGAAAUAAGAUUCAGCUGCUAAUCCAAUGAGCUGCUUUUUGCAGAAAAGUGGUGGCCAAGCAUUUUGUCCUUUGUCUACAGCAGGAAAAUGUGUUGAUCUGGCCCUGAUUACAGUCAGUGGUGCAGUUCAGGAAUGUUAGUCUGUGGGCUCCAAUGGUUUUACAGGAGGCGGCCCCCUCUCUGCUUUAGAUUGUAUUAUGUAUUAAAUCUCUUCAGAAUGUGAUGAGCCAGUCCUGCUGUGUUUGGGAGGAGGAGCACUAGCCCAAUCUGUUGAAUGGAGUCCUAGUCCACUGCCUGCAAAGUUCUGGCCUGAUCAUACUACCACUUAAAGCCCAGCCUUGGGAGCUGCUGUUCCUGUAACCAAAUUAUUUAGUUGGAACAUAGUUUCUGUGACUGGUGGCUCCGUCUAUUUCUCUUCACCCUUUGCUUGCCAUGACAUUCAGAACAGCUUUCAGAAACCGUAAUUCCUCUUGCCUGCUAUUCAUCACACUAUCCAUAUAAAAGCUGCCCUCCCUGAUUUCGCUAGACUCCAGCCUACCCUCACAUGUAGUACCCAUUUGCUCCAGUUUGUAGUACACGGGAUGAGACCAUCUUGGCAUAAACUUUGGGUGUCAGUAUUUUGUAGAUGGAUGCUUUCUUGUAACUUGUGUGUAAAAAUAAGAUGUGCUAAGUUAUUAUUUUUUAAAAAAACAACACCUCAACAAUGAAUAAAAUGUUUUUGCAGUUUGGACAA